CAUUCUCUUCUUUUCUAAUAAUCCUCUCUCUCUCUCUCUCUCUCUCUCUCUCUCUCUCUCUUAAUCAUCUUCUUUUAACGUUGACAUGUCUUCUGCCGGCGCCGGUGACCGCGCCGUUACCUCCGGCGAGCCUCGCCGUUAUUUCUGCCACCAGUGCGACCGCACCGUCCCUAUUUCCCCUUCCUCCGGCGACCUCAUCUGUCCCAAUUGCAACGGUGGCUUCCUCGAGGAACUCGAAACACCAAUCCCCAACCCUAACCCUAACCCUAUCCAUCCCUUCUUCUCCUUCACCACCGCCUCCCCCGCCGCCGCAUCCACCGCUUUCCCCCUCGCCUUCCCCGCCGCUACUCAACCGUUCGAUGAUCUCUCCGCCUUAUUCGGCACCCGCUCUUCCCCGCCUUUCGGCGCUGACACCAACGACGCGUUCAACCCCUUUGCGUUCCUCCAGAACUACGUCCAAACCCUGGCUGCCGGAGGCGCCAACGUCCAGUUCGUGAUCGAGAACUCCGGCGACCCUACCGGAGCGUUCCGGAUCCCUAGCAACGUGAACCAUGGCGAUUACUUCUUCGGUCCGGGCCUCGAGGAGCUCAUCCAGCAACUUGCGGAGAAUGAUCCAAAUCGCCGUGGGACGCCGCCUGCGUCGAAGUCUGCCGUGGAGGGGCUCCCGGAUGUUUCGGUGACGGAGGAGCUUCUGGCGUCAGAUUCGGCGCAGUGUGCUGUGUGCAAGGAUAUCUUCGGCCUCGGCGACACCGCGAAGCAGAUGCCUUGCAAGCAUAUUUAUCAUGCGGAUUGCAUCUUGCCUUGGUUGGAAAUGCACAACUCUUGCCCGGUUUGCCGGCACGAGUUGCCCACUGAUGAUCCUGACUACGAGCAGAGGGCAGGCCGCCGUGUGUCGACGGAGACUUCUGGCGGUGGUGGUGGCCGCAGCAGCGGUGAUAGUUCACAGAGGAGGGGGUUUAGGGUGUCUUUGCCGUGGCCUUUUAGGCAAUCUGGUUCUUCGGCUGCGGAGACAAGCAAUGUUGGGAAUGCUAACAACAACAGCAAUAACAAUAGUGGAAAUAAUAGUGGGCAAUCGAUUACUGAAAAUAGGGGGAAUCAGAAUUUUGAGUCGGAGACCAGACAAGAAGAUCUCGACUGAGAGCCACUCGUGUUUCUUAUGCAUGAAGCGUCUCAAAUCCUGCUGCAUUUUGUUUCAUAGAUAUGAUGUUAAAUAUCAAGGAGUGGUUUGUGACAGUUGCAAAUGUUAUAUUUGAUUACAAUGAACUUGCGUACCUGUCCAUAACCAUUUUGCCGCUUAGAUUUUUUUUAGAAUCACAAUUUUAUGUGCAUUAUUGGUUUGAUAUUUUAUGAAUUUUAUUGUCUCUGACUCCUUUUCCCUUGUGCAUCUCUUCUGGCUUUGGUUUCAAGUGAGGUUUAUUUUAGAGGGAGAUGUUUUGUAGCCAUUAAUUCACAAAUAAACGGUUGAGAUUGUAAUAAGAUGCAUGUACAUAUAUAAUAAGCUGUGAGCUUAUUUAAGGUCAAAUGUGUUUUUUAUAGCGAA